CCUUUACUUCUUUCCUUUCUCCUCAGCUUUUCUGUCGAGGUAAAGUUUCAGAUUAGUUUGCUUCUUGCUAAAAUUGCCCAUGUUAUGGAAAAUUUGGGCAAUUUCGGGAUAGUGGCAAGAGGCGUACUAUCACACACACAUGGCCCGGAGAUCGAGUCCCGGAUUGAUACCCUUCCAGACCAACCAAGUCUUUCGUCCCUUGGUACCACCCUAGUCUGGAAGGAUGGCUUCCCACCGCAAAUCAUCCUAUGGGCCAUGUGA